AUGUACACUUAUAUUGCUAGUAUACAAGAAAUAUGGCCGAGAAAAACUACCAAGCCGAAGACCCCACCAGCUCACCCGAAGUACAGCGACAUGGUGGCAUCUGCUGUGGGAAGUCUGAAGGAACGUGGAGGCUCGUCCCGCCAGGCGAUAUUGAAGUACAUCAUGGCUAACUUCAAAGUCGGUACUGACGCCAAGGCAAUCAAUGCACAUUUGAAGAUCGCCCUCCGCAACGGAGUGAAGAAGGGGGCCCUAAAACAGUCCAAGGGUACCGGAGCUGCCGGAUCAUUCAAACUCGGAGAGAAGCCUAAACCAGCUAAGAAACCAGCAGCGAAGAAGGUGACUAAGCCGAAAGCAGCAAAGCCUAAGAAACCAGUAGCGAAGAAGGCGACCACAUCGGCGACGGCUAAGAAACCAAAGGCAAAGACACCCAAGAAAACAGCAGCUAAGAAAACUGUAGAGAAGAAGAAACCGGCAGCAAAGAAAGCCACCAAGCCUAAGACUCCGAAGAAAAAGGUCACUAAGUCUCCAAAGAAAGCCAAGACCACUAAGCCUAAGGCAGCCAAGAAGUGAAGAAGUAGAUCGUCUACUACCCGAAGAAAACAUAAACAGUCCUUUUCAGGACUACCCAACUUUCUCAA